AUGUUGUAUGAUUUCAAUAUUCCAUACCCUACUCAGCCCGAACGAGCGGAUUUUGAUCGACUGGAAAGCAUCUUGGGACGCAUUUCGUCAAUCGAAAAAGGCACGAUCGCACUAAAUAAAACUAUUCGAGAAUCAUUGAGCCCAAAGAUUACACGAAUCGAGCCGAUCGCGCCGGAAAAGUUUAAAAAUCUCCAACAAUUAACGCGGAUCACGGUCGUGGCAGAAGAUACGAAACGCAAUUAUCAACUGACGGGUAGUUUCAGUCAAAUCGAUAUUCUAGCCGUCCAACCGAUCAACAUCGAUGUAUGCAAGCAUGCUUGCCAAACCUACGAUGUGGAUUUGAUUACGCUUGAUUUCUCAUACCGGUGGAUAUCGCCCGGCUAUGUUGCUGCGCAAGUAGCCGUCAAUCGUGGCGUGUUCUUUGAAAUAUGCUAUUCUCAGAUCACACGAAUGGACGAAAAGAAACGCGCUGUAUUCUUUGGCAAUUUCCGACGUUUAGUGGAAGUCACGCGAGGACAGAACAUUAUUCUAUCUAGCGAAGCCAUCAAAGCACUGGAUAUUCGUCGACCUUCGGAAUUGCGUAUGCUAUGCAUUCUGUGCGGCAUGACACAAGCACAAGUCGAAGCGUCUCUGGGGUACAAUUACUUGCGACUUUUAAAGAAAGCAGAAACUCGAAAAUACACGUACUGUGCAGCCGUCCGUGUGGACGCGAUACCCGAAUCUAACAAAAGAAAAGACGAUGAACCCGUCACACCAAAGAAGAAAGCGAAAACUGCGGCAGCAUAA